AUGCCCCGCCUCGCCUUCCACACCACCCCCGACCACAAGCUCCCGCUCUCGUUUGCGCGCAGAUGGGGUCCCAGCAUGGGCCUCUGGGGCGUCGGUGCCGGCAUCAUGGCGCUCUACGUGCUGUCCGUAACCCCACUCGUCAAGCGCGAGUUCCUCUCAAAGGUCCCUCUGGUAGGCGGAUACUACGAGGACAAGAUCCCGGCGUCGGACAAGCCGUUCUAG